UGCUAACUAGACAGCGCCAAACCCCAGCACUCUUCUUCAACGAAGGCCCCGUUCUUGAUACCCGCUGAGAAAGUUGCUAGUUACUUUAAUUUUCAGUCUGCUUAAAUAUAAUUUCAACAGAUGCAAUAGUCCUGGCGUUGGAAUCGCUAGAAGUCUCCUCGCCAUGGCUCUUUUCGGCUCCACAACCACCAGCACCGCGACGGCCAACACCGCCGGCGACCUCUCGAAAGAUGUCGCCCUCACCUCUCCCCCCGAAGAUAGCGUCUCACAUCUUGCGUUUUCAUCAGUGAGCGAUCAUCUCGCCGUAGCGUCAUGGGACAAGAAGGUCCGCAUAUACGAAAUCAACGAGCAGGGUCAGAGUGAAGGGAAGGCGAUUUUUGAACAUGAAGCUCCCGUCUUGAGCUGCUGCUGGGCUCCGGAUGGUACCAAAGUCGUUGGCGCUGGCGUCGAUAAAGCCGCCCGCAUGCUGGACCUACAAGCAAAUGCCACAACCCCCGUUCAAGUCGCCGCCCAUGACGCCCCGAUCAGAUGUUGCGCUAUGAUACCCAAUCCAGGCAACUCUGCCCAAUCCCUCCUCGUAACAGGCUCAUGGGACAAGACCGUUAAAUUCUGGGACCUGCGCCAGUCGACACCGAUCGGCACGCUCGAAUGCCAGGAGCGCGUCUACACCAUGGACGUGAAAAACAAGCUCCUCGUCAUCGGCACUGCAGACCGCUACAUCAACAUCGUCAACCUCGACCAGCCCACCAAGUUCUACAAAACCAUGCAGUCGCCGCUGAAAUACCAGACGCGCGUCGUCAGCUGCUUCUCGGACGCCACAGGCUUCGCCGUCGGCUCCAUCGAGGGCCGCUGCGCCAUCCAGUACGUCGAGGAUAAGGACUCCAGCUCCAAUUUCAGCUUCAAAUGCCACCGCGAGACCCCACCGAAUACGCGCGACGUUAGUAAUGUCUAUGCGGUCAAUUCGAUUGCGUUCCACCCCGUGCACGGCACGUUUAGCACGGCGGGUAGUGAUGGGACGUUUCACUUCUGGGAUAAGGAUGCCAAGCAUCGGCUGAAGGGGUAUCCGUCGGUGGGCGGGACUAUUUCCAGCUCCGCGUUUAAUAAAACGGGGAAUAUUUUUGCGUAUGCGGUUAGUUAUGAUUGGAGUAAAGGGUAUACGAAUAAUACGCCGCAGACACCGAAUAAGGUCAUGAUGCACCCUGUCAUUCCGGAUGAGGUUAGACCACGUCCCGGCGCGAGGCGAACGAGAUGAUAUGGUUAGUUUUUGGCUUCUUUUUUCUUUUUCUUUUUCUUUUUCUUUUUUUUU